AAAAAGAAAGGAGAGAGAAGAAAGAGAGAGUAAUGGGAGAAAAAGAGGGGGCUCCAGGAGGAGGUAGUGACGUAUUCCCAGGCCACAGAAUCUCCGCACCUCUCAGCAGCAAAUAAUGAGCUUAACCACACGGCCUCAGUGCAAAGGGGUCAGUCAUUCGGAUUAUCACACUCCACUUUGACAUCACAAUCCUCCACGCCUCUCGGUUUUUUCUUCUUUUUUGGAAACCUGAAAUUUGUAUUUUACUAUCUUAGAUUUUUAUCCUUGUUGGAGGACAACUGAUAUAUUAAGCUUUGGUCACAGGGUCAGACAGGACAGUCAGCUCAAAUAUGGACUAUAGUUUACUCCAGCUAAGACGAAGGGUGUAUACGCAUUGUUGAGUUUGAAGGCAGACGCUAACUUUUAGAACAGGGAUUCACCCUUGUUACCUUAGAAAACAUAACCCAAUGCCACUGUCCAACAACAAGGUCGCUGAUGAUGGAACUUCAGCACAGCUACUGCAAGAAGGAAAAGCAAUGGUGGACUCCCUCAUCAAGGUGGUGGCAUGUUAUCGACACUUGGCCUCCUGUGUCGGUGGAUGCAUGGACAACUCCAGCCUACGGCGUGAUCUUCGGCAAACACGAGAGCGAGCCCAGACACUUGCGCUGUCCUGCCGAAACCACCUGACAGCUCGACUGAGGGAUAAAACAUUACCAGAGACUGAAAGGAAGGAAACAGAUCUGUUGUGGGUAGCGUUCUCCUCAUGUCUGGAGCUCCUACAUGCAGACAUGUGCAAGGUUUUCACCAUGGCCAAGCACUUUUCCCUGGCCAAUAACAGUACCAUGGUGCAAACAGGCAUACAGGGAGGGACAACAGAGGUGGCGGCGCGGGCCUUGAGCCGGCCGGACCUGCAGGAGGCAGGUGACGGUACCCAGACGUCCAGCGUGGAGGGUCAGGAGCAGAGUCAGCUGGAGCAAGAGAUCGCACAGGUGGACCGCACACUGGAAGACAUGGAGCUGAAAGUCAACGUUCUGCGCUGGACUGUGGAGGCACUGGGUCCUCAGUACGCUGACCCUGUUAGCAGUGACAGCGCCUCACUAGCACUGCUGUCCAUCGACGAAGAGGCAGCUCAAAGCUUCUGCAGUCGUAGCCAGGUGUUCGCGGCAAUGAUGCUGAGCGGUGUGGCGAUCUUUGCCGUGGUGCUCUCAGUGUGUGUGGUGUUCCUGGUCUGAAGUCUUAUCUCUUUUUCUUUUCCUGAGGUCUCUUCAGUUGUGAUCGGCCAAACAUCAACAGUCUGCACGGCACAAUGUUAAAAAUGAAACUGCCUGUGUAUACUUACUAUCAACAAUUUAACAGUUUCUUACUGUUGAUCUCAACAGAGCCUGUGAGUUCUGUUUUACAAAUCAAAAAACUUUGCCAUUAGUUUUGGGUGUAUGAUCAUUUAUAGCAAAAGAAAGCAUGAUGAAUUAAUUUGGGUUUCAAUGCAGAAUAUUUUGGAAUUUGGGAAAGCAGUAAAAUAGUAAAAUCAGAUUUCAUAUGUACUUUCAGGACUUCUGUUUUGAGGUUUUGGUGUGUGUAAACACAAUUCCUGUUUACUGUAGCUCAAGUCGUGGGCGGUUCAUUGGCUGGUUCAUCAUGCCAUACCUCCAGAACCUUAUUCUGUUUUAGUUUUUGACUAUAAUACAGUAUCAACACUGACACAACACCUAAUCCUGUAACCAUUACUUGGCAAGUUUGUACUGUAGCCUACUCU